AUGCAGUUAGCAAACUUCAAUUUUGUGUCACCAAGUACCGAAUCGUUUAUCCGAACACCUAGACUCGAGUUAUUUCCAAAGAAAUCCUCAUUGCAAGCUCGGUUCACUGGAAAUUGGACUAAUAAUGCAGGAAUUUAUGAGCUCGGUGACGGACUUUUGUUAAAUAGAUGGUACCACAUAUCUUAUACACUUUCUGAUUCUGAAAAGAGAUUAGACAUCUACAUUGACGGUGAAUGGUUUGGAUAUUAUGGAAUCCAGAACGUUACAACAGAAAAUGUUAUAUUCAAUGAAGGACCAUUAUAUAUUGGACGUUCUUUCGACAAUGGGUUUAAUGGCGAAAUUUGUAAUGUCCGCUAUUUCAAUUGGCGUUUAUGUGCCGAAGAAGUUAAGGAAGAUUUCGUUAAUGAUGUAAUUAAAUAUGGGUCGAAGGUCGCCCUUGUCCAUGUAUCUACUAGAAAAUAUUUGACUACUAAUGAAAUCAAAUAUCCAGAAACCAACCAAAAUAUGGCUGUGUGUAACAGUUUGGGAAUAGAUUUGAAAAAUGAUGUUUUUACCAUUAUUGAAGCUUAUGGUACAAGUGUGAACACGGGAAGCCCUGUGCCUUUAAAUUCUAUUAUUGGAUUUAAACAUCAAGCGACAGAAGGUAGAUUACAUUCUCAUGGAAUUGGUGUGGGAGGCACACCAAUAUCGAAGUAUCAGCAAGCGACCAUCUGGAAAGGUAGAGAUGUUAAUGAUAACUGGGUCGUUCAACGUUAUAAUUCAAUCGCUUCUAAAAAUGAAUCAGGUUAUUUGUUGAAUGGUGAUAUAAUUAGCAUAAUCCAUGUUAAUACUGGUUAUCCAGCACUUUAUAGUCAUCCCGUAUUAUUGGAUGAUGGAACUCAAGAAGUUUCUUGUCAUGGAAACGGAAAUGAAGAAAAUAAUAAGUGGCGUAUUGAAUUAAUUGAUGGUUCGAAUUUAUGA